UUCUGUGCAUAGCUUUUACUUCUAAGAUAGAUUUGUUCUAUUUCUAUUUGUUUUGUUCUAACAUUUUAAAGGAAAUUGUACACAAAAGUUAAAAAAAAUUUCAAAUAUGAAUAGCAAAGAGAACGGUCAUGGCAUGAAUUGCAAUCAGAGUUAUCAGGAUGAAAAUUGCAGCAACUGUUCCGGAGAUUCCCAUGGGAGUGCACGGCUGGAUAUGGAAUCAAAUGUGGAGGAAGAGCAGCCGAUACGUGUCCGUGAUAUGAUAAAUCUCUAUAAUUUUGCCCAACAAAAGAAUCAGGAAUUGGCGCAGGCCAAAUCCGUAUACUUUGGCUCAAAUUUAAAGGGUACACAAAUGGACAUAAAUGAGAUGGAGACAGUACAGCAGGAGCAGGAAUGUUGUGACGGCAUUUACCUCAAAGUACCAGCCAUUGAUAGUCAGCCCGGUGGCAGCCAUCUGUAUAAUGGUAAGCCGGGCAACUUUCGCUUAACUACGUCAGAUGAUCAAACAUCAAUGCAUCAAUCGCUACAAGGAGACGGUGCGGGCGGUGAAUCGAUUGAGAAAUCAUAUCAAAGUAAGACCACCAUAAGACGCACCGAACAAGGCGUACGCAUUAUAAUCGACAUCUUUUUCGAUAAACAAGAUAGCGAUAUUGAUAUCAUAGGCAGCCGUGUGGAGACAGAUAUACCAGAGAGUCGCAUAUUGGCAGAUUUCCAGAAACAUUCGUUGCGCUCACAGCAAAUUAACCAAUCACCCAAUGUUUAAUGUUUAAUAGUUUUUCAUUUCAAUUUUGUUUUCAUCCUGCUCAUGAAGAACGCCACAAAAUUUCAUGUUACGUAUACUCAACGUUAGACAUUUGUUUGUUACAAAAAACAUAAAUAUACGCGUUCAUCAUUGAAUUUUAGAU